CAGAGUUGUCUUUCACUUCCGGUUUUCCCCGUGAAGUAACACGUGAGAACCCCUAAAUCAGUCUUUUUGCCAUCAUGCUGUUCAGUAAGAAGCCAAUUUUGAUUGAUGCCCGAGGGCAUUUACUGGGCAGACUCUCUGCAACUGUUGCUAAAACUUUACUCCAAGGACAAAGGGUAACAGUUGUAAGAUGUGAGGGAAUUAAUAUUUCUGGAAAAUAUCACAGACAAAAGAAUCGUUACCUUAGUUUAAUUAAGAAGAGAUGUAAUGUUAAGCCUUCAAGAGGUCCUUUUCAUUUUAGAGCUCCUAGAAAAAUCUUCUACAGAACUGUUAGAGGUAUGAUCCCACACAGAACUGUACGAGGUAAAGAAGCUAUGGCUAGAUUGUCUGUAUUUGAAGGUAUCCCUGCUCCCUAUGAUAAAAAGAAACGAGUAGUUAUACCCUCAGCUCUUAGAGUUAUCAGACUCAAUCCACAGAGAAAAUACUGUGAAUUGAACCGAAUUUCUUCUGAAAUUGGAUGGAAGUAUAGUCACGUUAUUGAAACCAUGGAACAACGUAGAAAGACAAGAUCAUCUCAAUAUUUCUCUCAGAAGAAAAAUCAAGCUAAAUUGAAAGCACAAGCUAGGAAGAAUGUUGCUGCCAAAACAGCUGAGUUCGACAAAAUCUUGGCAGCCAAUGGAUACAACUAAAAAUUGGAAAAAGAAAAUAAAAAAAUCCACUUAAUCA